CCGCUUCCCCGCCGAGCUAAGCUGACUGUUUCUGUGUGUGAAGGAUUCCUAGCCACCAAAUUCCCCCAAUCAAACGCUCCUCCCUUGCGAGCGACUCGAAAUUGCUCUCGCCUUCGCCAUGGAUCGCGAUUCGAGUCGCGGCUUCGUCCAUCUCUGUAUCGCUGGGCAUGACUAUGGCAUGGUAAUCCAAUCCUACGCCGACCGGUCGAUGAAGAUGCGGCGUGAGAGGGACCUCCUCCCGUGGAACUGGUUCUCGCCGGAGACCAAAACAUGCAGCUCAAACGCGUAUUUGGCAGAGUUCCAUGUAUUCAGAUCACCCGAGGCGAUCUCGACGUAAUCCAGGACGAGCACGGCCACCAACCAACUUACUGGUUGAGGAGGAUGUCACUGAGGUGAGCAGCAAUGAGAUUGGCCCUACAAUUCCAGAUACAUCAAAGUUCGAGGCACUGUCGCUGAAUGACUCACCCUCUACACUUGAUUCGACUGAUGGGGCUGUGGUGUGUUUGGGUGACAUGGGCAGUCCUGAGCAUAAUUCUACAACUGAUGGGUUGUCAGCAUGUCAAAAAGUGUUAUCACCACUGGUUGUGGUGCAUACUAGUGAUACUAGUAGUGGCCUACCUGAUUCUGCAAUUAUGGAGCCAUCAGCUGCCGUGGAAGUUGUGUCGCCCAAGUCAGAGGGGCUUCGCGAACUUGAGGAGUACUUGAAGGAGCAUACGUUUGAUAGUGUGGAAGAUGCUUUUGAAUAUCUUUGGAAUAAUCAAAAAGAUGCUCUGGCUGCAAUGUCCCAGCAAUCUUCACUAGACAAUUAUGAGUUUGGAUCAGAGUCAAAGGUGGCACCUGAACAAGAAGAAGCUGGAUCAGUUCCAGCAUCAGAACAAGCUCCAUCAGUUCCAGAGCAAGGGCGAUGUUCUGAAGCUUCCUACGAAGAAAUUGCUCAAAAUGGGAAGAAAUGGAUGAGGGAGGAGGUGAUGGUAGCAUUUAAUAAAUACAUUGAAGACAAAGAUGAUUUUGAGGAUAUUCAGUAUGAAUUUGAUGAGCUUCAGCACCAGUGUUUUAGUGUGGAAAAUUAUCACAAGAUUUUUCACCAUUUCAACUUCACUGUCAAGAUGAAGGUUAAUGGUUCUGCUGAUUGGACAUCAGCACUUUUCUUUGCGGAAGUGAAGGAGAUAUUUAGACAGAAAAUUUACUUCUGCACUCCUCUAGAGCUGUAUGAAAAUGGCCAUUGCGACGCAUGCAAGAAGCAAGGGAUGGAUGAUCUGAGGCAUCCUAUAAUAGGUGUAUAUGACAGAGGCAAUCCAGAUACAGAAUUCCCCUUCAUGUACGGAUGUGAUGCGGACGGCUUCUUGUACGAUUCUGAAUAAUCUUAUGAUAAUGUUCCAUCUACCUUGGAAGACGAAGCUGAUGCGUAUGAUGAGCAAUUGAGCAUUAGCUUAUGGUUCGAUGGUGAACAUUUCUGGGAUUACAUGGUGUGUGCUGGUCCGAACCCAGUAUAGUAGGUCCAAGUCCAACCAGGAUGCAGAUUUCAGGACCUACCUCUAGGUGAUACUAAUAUAUGUAACCCUAGGUGCAUGUCGAUGUGCCUGCUGGCUGCAUAGCAAUACAUGCAUGUUGAAUGGGAACGUGGUUCAGUUUCUGUGUUAUUUUCUUGGAAUAUGUAAAAACCACCGAUACUAAUAUUAAGUUAUUUACUCGUUGCAUGAAUCA